AUGGAUUUCCAUGAGUGGCUUUCUUGGAUAUUGAAGAUGUAUCAUACAACAAAACAUAAUGAAAUUUGUGUUACACUGUGGGCUAUAUGGUUUGCCCGGAAUCAUAUGGUGCAUGAGGGAACAAACCAGAGUGUGGGUGAGAUUGUUAGCUUCAUUCGCAGCUAUUGUGUGAAAUUGGUCUCUGUGAUCCCUACAAAUAAAGGUGUAGUUUUCGGCUUUCAAGUUCGGUGGUCUCUGCCACCUACAGGGGUGGUCAAAAUAAAUGUUGAUGCUGGGUUUAGAUUAAAUCAAAAGACAGUUACAGCAAGGGUUGUGAUUCGAGAUAAAAAUAAGGAAAUUUUGGGGGCUUGUUGUAAAAUCACUUACCCUGUUCUUUCGAUCUUUGCAACAGAAGCAGUUGCGGUGAUACACAGGCUCCGAUUUGCUAAAGAGUUGGGUUUUCUGUCAAUAAUAGUCAAGGGAGAUUCAAGAUCUGUUAUUAGGAAGACUAAUAAUCAUGAACAUCAUUUCUCGGGUAUAAGUGCUCUUACAUGGUCCGCAAAGGAGAUAGCGAAAGAAUUUUACGCUUGCGCCUUCCACUUCAUUAGCAAAUCUAGGAACAAAACAGCGCAUGCAAUGGUGCAAGAGGGAUUAAGUCAAGUUGAGGAUGGCUACUGGGUCGAAGAUGGUCCGGCGUUGGUAGAAGCAACGACUGCAGAAGACUGUCGUCUUCAUGAACCUCUAUAG